AUGCCUGUCUUUCAAGCGAAACCCUUCCGCAGCAGCGCGCAAGCAAAAGACCUCUCCGCCCGUGUUGCGACAUGGUACAGCCGCAAACAGGAUCGCAACCCCUUCCUGUGGUUCGGCCUGCCAUUUAUGACGCUUAUUGUCGGGGCUUCCUUUCUUCUUACCCCAGCCACGGCACUGAGAUACGAAAAGCACGACCGCAAGAAUAGACAAGUCACAGACGAGGAGAAACUGCAACUGGGUUUAAGAGGCGGUCCAACAGGAGACGGAGGGCUCACCUACAAUCCGCGGCGGCGAAAAGUGCUCAGGGGAGAACUUAACGAGCGAGACGAGUAUUAUAGGCUUAUGGCGAAAGAUUUGGACAGCUGGGAGCAGAAACGGGUGGAGCGCUGGAAGGGUGAACCGGAUGGUAGACUGUAA